AUGUUCGUGAAGCCGGAGAGCCUGGAGCUGAGCGAGGAGGAGGCGCUGCUGCUGGCCGCCCGGCCCUCGCCCGCCUCCUCCGCCUCCUCCUCGCGGGCGCGCUUCUCCUCCGGCUCCGAAGGGGAGGACGAGGAGGAGGACGCGGCGCGCUCGCUCUCCCCGCCCGCCGGCCCGGGCGCGGCGGGAGGCGGCGAGGCGCGGCGGACGCCCCCCCCGGCCUCCCGCCGCCACGCCUGCAAGCGGCGGGCGCGGGGCGGGCCGCGGCCGGCCAAGACGGCCGAGACGACGCAGCGGCUGAAGCGGAGCCGGCGCCUGAAGGCCAACCACCGCGAGCGCAACCGCAUGCACCACCUCAACGCCGCGCUGGACGCCCUGCGCCAGGUGCUGCCCACCUUCCCCGACGACGCCAAGCUCACCAAGAUCGAGACGCUGCGCUUCGCCCACAACUACAUCUGGGCGCUCAGCGAGACCCUCCGCCUGGCCGACCACGGAGCCGGAGCCGGGGGCGGCGGCAGCCUCUUCUCGCAGGCGGCGGCGGCGGCGCUGGCCAGCGCGGCCGGCUGCAGCCCCUCGCCGCCCGCCGCCUCCUGGAGCGGCGCCGCCAGCCCCGCGCCCUCCGCCUCCUCGGCCGCCUACAGCGGCUCUUUGUCGCCCGCCAGCCCCGCCUCGGAGCUGGACUAUUGGCCGCCCGAGCAGCCCCGCUUCGCGCUCGCCAGGGAGCUGGUCUGA